AUGUACCUACAAUCAAUAAGGUACCUUAGACGAUUGCGUGCCGAACAGAUCUUUGUAAAUACCCAGGUAUUACUGUAUACGGGUCUUCGACACGGCAUACCCUUCCCCACAACAGACCGUUAUAGAAUGGGCAACUGCUUCGGCAAGUCGAGCUCCAACGCAAACUUCCAAGGCGAGGGCCGCACUAUAGGAGGAGGAGCAGCAGCAGGAGGAGGAGCUUCACCAGCCCACGCGCCGCGGCCAGCAGCAGCACCACCACCAAAAGUCACUGGACCAGGACGGACAUUGGGCGACAAUACCGCACCAGCACCAUCCAGCGACGCGCAAACCCCCGCCUCCGCAGCCGCGAGAGCAGCAGAGGAACGACUCAAAGCCGCACAAGGAAAAGGCAAACUGGGGAAACAAUUGGAUGCGCAAAAGUCACAGACGCAAAAGGAUACUCUGGCGUCUACGGCGAGGGAGAAUGUUGCUGCGAGAGAGGCCGAUGCUGCGGCGCAGGCGCGGGCGUAUAAUUGA